AUGAAAAACUACACAGCACCCACAGAAUUCAUUCUUCUAGGGCUAUCAGAUGACCCGGAGUUUCAGAUUGUGAUUUUUCUCUUUUUAAUUAUCAUGUAUAUAUUAAGUGUCACUGGAAACUUGACCAUCAUCACUCUCACCUUGGUGGACUCCCAUCUACAGACCCCCAUGUACUUCUUCCUCAGGAACUUUUCUGUAUUAGAAAUAACUUUUACAACUGUCUGUAUCCCUAGAUUUCUGGCCACCAUUAUCACCAGAGACAAAACGAUUUCAUACAAUAGUUGUACAGCUCAGUUAUUUUUCUUCAUCUUUAUGGGUAUAACUGAAUUUUACCUUCUAACAGCCAUGUCCUAUGAUCGUUAUGUAGCCAUCUGUAAACCCCUGCAUUAUAUGACCAUCAUGAACAAGAGAGUCUGCAUAUUGCUUGUUUUUUGUGCUUGGUUGGCAGGGUUCUUAAAUAUCUUCCCACCAGUUAUUCUUUUUCUCCAGUUAGAUUACUGUGGCUCCAAUGUCAUUGAUCACUUUGCUUGUGACUAUUUCCCCCUAUUGCAAUUAUCCUGCUCAGACACAUGGCUCCUAGAAGCGAUUGGUUUUUACUCUGCAAUAGUCAUUCUGCUUUUCACUUUGGCAUUAAUCAUUCUAUCCUACAUGUUUAUCAUUAGGACAAUUUUGAAACUUCCUUCUGCUAGUCAGCGAAAAAAGGCAUUUUCUACAUGUUCCUCCCACAUGAUUGUCAUUUCCAUUUCCUAUGGAAGCUGCAUAUUCAUGUACGCUAAUCCCUCUGCAAAAGAAAGAGCGUCGUUGACCAAAGGAGUAGCUAUUCUCAAUACCUCCAUUGCUCCUAUGAUGAAUCCGUUUAUAUACACCCUGAGGAACCAGCAAGUGAAGCAAGCCUUUAAGGGCACCAUCCAAAAGGUUAUGUUUUUCUCUGGUAAAUGA